AUACUAGAAUGUAUAUUCCGGACGAACGAACCAUCGAAAACGAUGUUGACAAGAGAACAAAGCAACAGAAUCAGAAGAAGGUAUUAAAAUAUCAUUUGUCCAAGAUUUUUCCUUAAGCGCGUCUGCCUCUCUGCUCCUCCACUAUAUAUCUCUCUCUCCCAAGAAUUUCAGUUCCCCACGUCUAUCUCCCUUCUCUCCAAUCUCGCCAACUAACAAAAAACAGAACAGCAAAACAGUGAGAUAGAAUUUACAGGCCAACGAUAGAUCACCAGGCUACUUUGUGCGGCUGGAUAAACCGAGAGCUGUAGACGAUCUUCACAUAGGCAAGAGAGAAAAGAUGCGCAGGUGGUUGUGCUGUGCUUGCCACGUCGAAGAGCCUUACCAUACUACUGAAAAUGAUCACCGGAGAAGUCCUAAGCACCAUAACGGGCACAAUAAAAACCAAGAAGUGUCUGUGAGACCUGAUGCUCUUAACGUGCCUCCAGCUAUCGACGUCCCUGCGUUGUCAUUGGAUGAGCUGAAAGAAAAGACUGAUAACUUUGGAUCAAAGGCACUGAUCGGUGAAGGCUCAUACGGAAGAGCUUACUACGCAACUUUGAAAGAUGGGAGAGCUGUGGCGGUUAAGAAGCUUGAUAACUCAGCUGAGCCUGAAUCAAACUUCGAGUUCUUGACUCAGGUCUCUAGAGUUUCGAAGCUGCAGCAUGAGAACUUUGUUCAGCUCUUUGGCUACUGCGUUGAAGGGAACCUCCGUGUUCUUGCGUACGAGUUUGCCACGAUGGGGUCUUUGCAUGAUAUCUUGCACGGGAGGAAAGGAGUGCAAGGAGCGCAGCCAGGUCCGACGCUUGAUUGGACCCAACGGGUUAGAAUAGCGGUUGAGGCAGCAAGAGGACUUGAGUAUUUACAUGAGAAAGUUCAACCUGCGGUUAUACACAGGGAUGUUCGGUCUAGCAAUGUGCUUCUGUUUGAAGAUUUUAAAGCCAAGAUUGCUGAUUUUAAUCUGUCUAAUCAGUCUCCUGAUAUGGCUGCUCGUCUUCAUUCUACUAGAGUUUUGGGGACCUUUGGUUACCAUGCACCAGAGUAUGCCAUGACUGGUUCACUGACACAGAAGAGUGAUGUUUAUAGUUUUGGUGUAGUGCUUUUGGAGCUCUUGACUGGUAGAAAACCUGUUGAUCAUACUAUGCCACGUGGUCAGCAAAGUCUUGUCACUUGGGCCGCUCCAAGGCUGAGUGAAGACAAAGUGAAGCAAUGUGUUGAUCCAAAACUCAAUGGAGAUUAUCCUCCUAAAGCAGUUGCAAAGCUCGCGGCUGUUGCAGCGUUAUGUGUGCAAUACGAAUCAGAGUUUAGACCGAACAUGAGCAUUGUGGUAAAAGCUCUACAACCAUUGUUAAAGUCAUCAAGGUCAUCAACAGCAGUAGCUACUCCAUCCCAGGAAACUUGAUUCUUAUAUCUGAUAAUGGGAGAUUGGUUUCUGUUCCAUGUGUUGCCAUGUCAUAUACAAAUACUGUUAUUCAGUGUCUUUUUGUUGAGGCUUUUAUUUUCUUCUCUUCUUAUAUGUUUAUUAGUAGUGAUUUUGGUGCGUCUUGACAAUUGUUUUGUUUGAUACAAAAGUAUUUAUUCUAUAUAUUGGAGUUUUUUU